AGCCGGUGCGCAGAAGCAGAAGAAGACGAAGAUGGCGCAGGACCAAACCGUUAUAGAAAAACGCCAGCGCGACUCGUACCCUCAGAGCUGCACUCCGGACCAGUGGGCCGUCAUGCUGGACUUCUUGUGUGUGCACACGGGUCUGGGCCGGCCCACGAACGAGAUGCGGUCCGAGACGCGCCAGCGCCUGUGGUCCGAGCUGACCAGCUUGCUGAACGCCCUCGGUCCGAUCGCGAGGUCCCGCGAGGAGUGGCGCCAAUACUGGCAGCAACGGGUGGCCACCGCCAGGCAGAGGGCCGCAGAGCUCUCAAACGCCGUGAGCAGGCUUCCAUCUGGCAGUGAGAAACGAGCGUCACCCGUUGGGCUAUCCGAAGACGACGCCCGUGUGCUGAGCGUCGUCGGCGACGAGGUGGCGCUGGAAGUCGUCGAGGGCCACGUGGUGCAAAAGCGUCGGGAGCGUCAGUCCCCUUCCGGUUCAUUGUACCCGGUACCAUACCAGGCUGUUCCCCAGGCGUCCACUGCAGCAACCGAGGCCACGACUUCGCGGAAGCAGCGCACGCAUGACUAUCUCGCACGCCUCACGGAAGCCCAGGAGCGCUUGACUCAACUGAGGGAGCAGCAGGCAGCUGAGGACACCAAUUUUCGUACCCAAGUGCUGAGGCGCUUCGAAGAGGCUCAAGCCACCACGACUCGCCAGAUAGCCAUCGCGGAGCACCAGGCGCGGGUCAUGGACGAGCUGGCGGCAACCAUGCAGAACAUCUUGAGACUACUUGCGAGAGACAGCCAGCAGCCGCCUCCAAAACACUCGAAGCAGUGA